GAGUGCAUUCAAUGCCAGUGCAAACUCCUGAGGCUUGGAUUGGCGAGCUGGCUGGCGAGAGUGAAUUGCGCAGUUUGGUGAGUUCAAUGUGCGAUGGAAUUUUCGUCAUAGCCAUAGUUUGCGCAGAGUUUGUCUUGGGAGAGAACGUGCAGCGUGCCCAAUACACAGACAGCAGUUUUGCAAGGCACUUGGCAAGCCGCCACGGAUGUGGUCCUGUCCAUCAUUUUUCCGGCAGCAUCGUUUAGGUCCAACACAGAAACGAACAAUGGUUUGGUGACCUUCAAACAAGUACCAACAAUGUGGAACCUGGACAACUUAUGAACCUAUUAUUACAGUAAUGCCUUUCAAAGCAGCGGUUGUUUCUGCUCGUGCAUGAGAGCAGUCUGGUCCACGUCUACGUUGCAACUUCCGAAAAUGUUGGAGUUGAAGAACAUCAGCGGCGCCAAAGUGAGAAAACGAGGAACACAAAACAGUUUCAAACGAUCGCCGAAGCAAUCAUGAGGAUGUGUGUUGCACUGGGCCCUGAACCACGUACUUGGGCAGCGCCCCAAUUUAUUCUGGAUUGGUGCAAUGGUGAUUCCGCUGGCUUUCUCAACUUUGCAUGGCGUGCUUGGAAGAGUAUGCGCCGUGACAUUUUAAAUUCUAGGUGCUCAGGACCAAUUGGCUGACCACUAUGAUUACGCUGCAGGUUUCACUGGCCGCGUGGGAUAUUUUGCAGGAUGGAUGGUUGAGAAUGAAGGCGUUGGAGAGAGUUGAUGCCUUGGAAACAUGGGUAUCGAUCCAUGCAGAGGACGCAACAGAUGCACUUCCACUUUUGGAUGACUGCAUACCGUAUAGUUUGAUAGAGUUUGGUGGAUUUGUCACAGCACAAAUGAGGUUUUCACUGCCGCUCAGAGGCCUCAAAUGUUCAUACAAGAACGUAAACUUUGUGCUCUGGAAUCACCGACAGGAUCACAUCGAUACAAGUGGUGAAAAUUGUGACGGGGAAACAACUACAGAUGAUGAGGGCUUGUCGACAGCUGAUGCGGUAAAUUUGCUGGAUGCAAUGCGACGUGAACAAAACGCGACUGCGGCAAAUGAGCGCUGGAAUGACAGUUCUCAAAUCCAACGAGCAAUCAUGGUGAUCAUGGUGCUUUUGGAUGCCAGUUCUGGUGCAUGGCCAUUUGGUAUGACAAUGGAGGUUGCGAAAAUAAUCGGCAAUUUGUCCCAAUGAUUGUACAGAAGUGCUGGACGCAACGGUGCAGGUGCGUAUGGCUUGGUGUGAUGCCAAAAUGAAAUUUUCCAUGUGAUGAAUGUUCAGAAGAGAAAAACAUGGCCAGAUCGUCGAAAAAAUGCUAUGUUAAGUGCAAGCAAAAUGUUGAGACACGCCUCAAACUUCCAAGGUGGGGUGCAGACAAUUUGGAUUUUUGGAUCCUGCUGACAUGUGGCCAAGCACAAGGAUGACACGCACAAAAACGAAAUGUAAAAAUGGUGUCAGUUUGAGUGGCAUGGCAUGAAAAACACGUCGUGCCCUUUAUUUUGUGGGGCCUUCACAAAACAGUGUGCAGUUCAACGGGUAUGCAGCGGUCAAAAAUGUAGGUCCUUUCAUUUCCGAUUGUGUUGUGUUUUUG